GCAUCGCCCUGCGCAUCUUGUCUGAUCCUCCGUAAUAUCCUUUAUAAUACCCCACCCUGCCUUCCCCCUACUCUGUCCCUCUCAGAAAGAGAACCCUGAAGAGAGAGAAAAGGAUGCCCACCACACGAGGAAAAUCCAAAUCCAAGGCACCAGUGACGUUUGGGGAUGUGGCCAUCUACUUCUCCAAGGAGGAGUGGGAAUGUCUGAGCUCCACCCAGAAAGAUUUGUACCAAGAGGUCAUGUUGGAGAACUAUCAGAACCUGGUCUCCCUUGGUCUCUCUAGUCGGAGGCCAAAUGUGAUCUCCUUAUUGGAGAAAGGGAAAGCGCCCUGGACAGCAGAGCUAGCAAAGCCAGCGAACUCUCUUCAGCCAGCUGUGAUGAAUCCAGACUCUGGGCCUAAAUGUGACACCAGGAAGUUACCUCCAAAUCAAUCCAACAAACCUGGACCAAGCACCUCUCAGAAACCAGUUUCUGCACCACAGAAAGUUCCCAUAGGAAAGAAGAGCUCUAAUAAAAAUUCAGUCCUAAAAAAACCCAAGAAAGGGCAUGCAGGGAAGAAAUCAUUCAAAUGCAAUGACUGUGGGAAAACUUUUCAUCAUAGCAUCUCUCUCAAACUUCAUCAAAACACUCACACUGCAGAGCGGCCUUAUGAAUGCAGUCAUUGCAGAAAAGUUUUCAGGCAGGUUUCCUCCCUCAUUCUUCAUCAGAGAAUGCAUGAUGGAAAGAAAAGCCAUGAAUGCGAUAAAUGUGGAGAAAGCUUCAAACAAAAAACAACCCUUAUUCUACAUGGGAGAAUUCGUGAUGAGAAGACAAUCAUUGACCAUGCAUCGACUUCAAGUCAGUACUACUCUGUCACUCUAAAUGAGAAAUUUCGCAUUAUCGAGACUGUCCAUAAGUGUAAAAAAUGCGGGAAAGCCUUUGGUUGGUUGUCAUCCCUUUUAUUUCACAAGAAAAUUCACAACGACAAGAAGAAGGAUAAAAGCAAGCAAUGUGGGAAGAGCUUCAAGAAGAAAUCCGUCUUUGUUACACAUAAGAAAAUUCAUUCUGGAGAGAAAACCCCUGCAAGUGAGAAGGCUUCAAGUCAGAAUCUACAGCAGAAACAUCACCUUCCACACAAUCCUUAUAAAUGCAAAAAAUGUGGGAAAUCCUUCAAUAGGAUUUCACCCCUUAUGCUUCAUCAGAGAAUUCACACUUCAAAGAAACCCUACAAAUGUGAUAAAUGUGAGAAGACCUUCAGGUGAUUUUCAACCCUUGUUCUGCAUCGAAAAAUUCAUAAGGGAGAGAAAGUACACAGGUGCAAGAAAUGUGACAAGGUCUACAGUCGACAUUCAGCCUUGAUUCAACACCAGAAAACUCAUCUGAGGAAAAAGAAAGUGUUUGAGUGUAAGGAAUGUGGGAAGAAGUUUUGUGGAAUUGCAAACCUUAAAGUGCAUCAGAACAUUCAUUCUGAAGACAAACCUUUCAAGUGCAAUAAAUGCAGUAAAGUUUUUGGCCGCCAGUCAUUUCUUAUUGAACAUCAGAGAAUUCAUACAGGAGAAAAACCAUAUCAGUGUGAGGAAUGUGGGAAAGCCUUCAGUCACCGAAUAUCGCUAACUCGACAUAAGAGAAUUCACACUGAAGACAGACCCUACGAAUGUGAUGAGUGUGGGAAGGCCUUCAGCCAGAGUGCACACCUUGCCCAACAUGAGAGAAUUCACACUGGAGAGAAGCCAUAUACAUGCAAAACAUGUGGGAAAUCCUUCAGUCAGCACACGUCCCUUAUACUACAUGAAAGAAGUCACACUGGAGAGAAACCCUAUGAAUGCAACGAAUGUGGGAAGGCAUUUUGCAGUGGCUCUGACUUCAUUUGACAUCAGAUAAGUCAUUCUUCAGAGAAACCCUACGAGUGCCGUAAAUGUGGGAAGGCAUAUAGUAGGAGCUCUUCUCUGCUUUGACACCAGAAUACACAUUCUGAAGAAAAAAACUAAGGUCAUUCUAAAUCUAGAAAAGUGAAGGAGGAAGCUAUCAAAGGAGCAGAGUGAGAGGUAUCAGGAAAGUAUAUUUGUCUUUCACAUACAUUUUGUGUAUAUUUUUGGGACCAUUAGAGGGAGAGUUCCACUGUGACAGCCAAAGAGCAAAAAUCAUUGACGAUUUUUGACCUCAGGAUUUGAAAUUGUCCAUGUUAAGUGUAGAAUAUUGGAUUAGUCAUUGUAAAAAAAAGACCAUUUUCACUUCAUAAGAAUUACUCAUAUUUUAUUUCCAGUUUAGUUUUAAAGAUACUUCAGGCCAGGCGUGGUGGCUCACGCCUGUAGUCCUAGCACUAUGGGAGGCCAAAGUGGGAGGAUCACUUAAACUCAGGAGUUCAAGACCAGCCUGAGCAAGAGUGAGACCCCCGUCUGUACAAAAAAAUAGAAAAACUAGCCGGGCAUUGUGGUGGUUGCCUUUAGUCCCAGCAACUUGGGAGGCUGAGGCAGGAGGAUCAUCUGAGCCCAGGGUUUUGAUGUUGCUGUGCUGUAUAACACCAUGGCACUCUAGCCUGGGCAACAGGUGAGACUCUGUCUCAAAAAAAAAAAAAAUUGCAUUUGGCUGGGCGUGGUGGCUCACGCCUGUAAUCCUAGCACUCUGGGAGGCCGAGGUAGGGGAUUGCUUAAGCUUAGGAGUUCAGUCAAGACCAUCUUGAGCAAGAGUGAGACCCUGUCUCUACAAAAAGUAGAAAAAUUAGCCAGGCAUUGUGGUGGACACCCGUAGUUUCAGCUACUUGGGUGGCUGAGGCAGGAGGAUCACUUAAGCCCAGGAAUCUGAGGUUGGUGUGAACUAGGCUGACACCACAGCAACAGAGUGAGACUUGGUCUCAAAAAAACAAAAACAUAAAAAGAAAGAAAGAAUUGCAUUUGGCUGGGUGUAGUGGCUCACGCCUGUAAUCCUAGCUAGCACUCUGGGAAGCCAACCAGGAAGAUUGCUUGAGCUUAGGAGUUCAAGACCAGCCUGAGCAAGAGUAAGACCCCAUCUCUACAAAAAAAUAGAAAAAUUAGCUGAGCAUUGUGGUGGAUACCUGUAGUCCCAGCUACUUGGGAGGCUGAGGCAGGAGGAUCACUUGAGCCCAGGAGUUUGAGGUUGUCAUCAGCUGGCUGAUGCCACAGCACUCCCCCCAGGGCAACAGAGUGAGACUCAGUCUCCAAAAAAAAAAAAAAACCAAAAAAAAAAAGUGCAUUUGGCUGGGAGUGGUGGCUCACACCUGUAAUCCUAGCACUCUGGGAGGCUGAGGCAGGAUGAUUGCUUAAGUUUAGGAGCUCAAGACCAGUUUGAGCAAGAGUGAGACCUGUCUCUGCAAAAAAAAUAGAAAAAUUAGCCGGGCAUUGUGGCGGUUGCCUUUAAUCCCAGCCACUUGGGAGGCUGAGACAGGAGGAUCACUUGAGCCCAGGGGGUUGAGUUUGCUGUGAGCUAUGAAGGCACAGCACUCUAGCCUGGGCAACAGAGUGAGACUCUGUCUCCAAAAAGGAAAAAAAAGUAAAUAAAUAAACAAAAAACAAACAAACAAACAAAAAAACUUUAUUGGUCACAUAUAACAAAGUAAAAAAGUAAAGUCCAUUUUUAUGGAUGGGCUUUGAGUCUCAUUUGAGGUCACUUGAAGAAACUUUUGAGUCUGUUUCUCAGAACAGAAUAUAAAUAUCAAAUAUAAGCAACUUCUUGGGAAAACAGGGUGCCACUUUCAGGACAGAAACUGUGCAUGAGAAUAAAUAAGUGUGAGUCUUCAGAUAGAUGAAGAUACCGUGCACAGUGAUAUGUAGCAAUAGAGUUCACUGUCUCCACAUUUAUGAGGAUAUAUAAUCUUCAUGGUGUGAAAAUCUAACAUGGCUGAGACAGGCUAACAGAAAAAGAACCAGUAUAUACUGGAGAACAAGGAACUUCAAAGCCGGCAGAAAUAGUGAAUGUUUUAUUUGAAAGUACAUUAUCUAUAUUUAUAUGAAUAAACAUCAGUAUUUUCGUGUAAUAAUAGUGUGCAAUAAGUGAUUGGUGAAAUGUACAUAGUUAUGGACUGAAUGUUUGUGUCCCCGAAAAUUUGUAUUGUGAAGCCCUAACCGCUAAUGUGAUCUUAUUUAGAAGUCAGGCCUAUGGGAGGCAAUUAGAGUUCAAUGAUGUCAUGGGGGGGGGGUCCCCUUAUGAUAGGAUUAGUGCCUUUAUAAGAAGACACUUUGGAGAGUUUGCUUUCUCUGCACCAUGUGAAGACAGCAAGAGGACAGCUCUCUGCAAAUCAGGAAGACAGCCCUCACCAGAACCUGACCAUCUUGGACUUUUGUGCUCCAGAGCUGUGAGAAGUAUAUCCCUAUUGUUUACAUAACCCAGUCUAUUGUAUCAUGUUAUGGCAGGCAGAGCUGACUGAUACAUGGGGGAAACCCUAGGUUUGUACAGUGAGCUCUUUUCCUGUCAGCUGUUCGCCAUGUGUGGUAGCUUUCAGUCCCUCUUUCUGACUUGUGCCAAAUGUGUAAGAAAUAAAAUCAGAGUUCUGAUUUGUAAUUCAUCAUU